AUGAGAACUACGACUAAUACGACGAUAGUAACUACUACUACUACUACUACGACUACUACGACUACUACGACUACUACUACUACUACUACUACUACUACUACUACGACUACUACUACUACUACUACUACUACUACUACUACUACUACUACUACUACUACUACUACUACUACUACUACUACUACUACUACUACUACUACUACUACUACUACUACUACUACUACUACUACUAUUGUA